UCUGCUGUAGGUUAGCUCGGGAUGUGACAGUACCGAACGCAGCCGCAGUUUGUCUGGUUCCUGUAUCACUCUCAGUCAAAAUAUAUCGGGGCUCCCUGUCCGACACAGCACUUGUUAGCUGGUUAGAAAACUCAGAAACAAAAGUUACUGUAUAUAGUUAGGCUACUUUAAAUACAGAAGGAAAACACGUCACGUUAACAGGGAAUAAGCAAAAUGCCUGCAGUCUCUAAAGGGGAUGGGAUGCGUGGCCUGGCCGUGUUCAUCUCUGACAUCAGGAACUGUAAAAGUAAAGAGGCCGAGGUUAAGAGGAUAAACAAAGAACUGGCCAAUAUCCGUUCCAAAUUUAAAGGAGACAAGGCUCUGGACGGCUACAGUAAAAAAAAGUAUGUCUGCAAGCUGCUCUUUAUCUUUCUUCUGGGCCAUGAUAUCGACUUUGGACACAUGGAGGCUGUCAACCUCCUCAGCUCCAACAAGUACACAGAAAAACAAAUUGGCUACCUGUUCAUCUCCGUGCUGGUGAACUCUAACAGUGACCUGAUCAGUCUAAUCAACAACGGCAUUAAGAAUGACCUGGCCAGCCGCAACCCCACCUUCAUGAACCUGGCCCUGCACUGCAUUGCUAAUGUGGGCAGCAGAGAGAUGGCUGAAGCUUUUGCUUCUCAAAUCCCCAGCAUCUUGGUGGCAGGGGACACGAUGGACAGCGUGAAACAGAGUGCAGCCCUGUGUCUGCUACGGCUCAACAGGACCUCUCCUGACCUAGUGCCAAUGGGUGAAUGGACAGCACGAGUGGUCCAUCUGCUUAACGAUCAGCACCUGGGAGUAGUAACAGCAGCCGCCAGCCUUAUUACCACUCUAGCCCAGAAGAGUCCCGAGGACUUCAAAACCUCCAUCUCACUGGCUGUGGCCAGGCUCAGUAGGAUUGUGACUUCCGCGUCCAUCGACCUACAGGACUAUACAUACUACUUUGUUGCCGCGCCAUGGUUGUCUGUGAAAUUGCUGCGCCUGCUACAGUGCUACCCUCCACCUGAAGAUGCUGCGCUGCGAAGUCGUCUGACCGAGUGUCUGGAGACCAUCCUCAACAAAGCCCAGGAGCCACCCAAGUCCAAGAAGGUCCAGCACUCAAACGCCAAGAAUGCUGUUCUGUUCGAAGCCAUCGCCCUCAUCAUCCACCAUGACAGCGAGCCCACCCUGUUGGUACGAGCCUGCAACCAGCUGGGCCAGUUUCUGCAGCACAGGGAGACCAAUCUCCGUUAUUUGGCUUUGGAGAGCAUGUGCACACUGGCCAGCUCCGAGUUCUCCCACGAGGCGGUAAAGACGCACAUAGAUACUGUGAUCAACGCUCUAAAGACGGAGCGAGAUGUGAGUGUUCGCCAGCGGGCUGUGGAUCUGCUCUAUGCCAUGUGCGACCGCAGCAAUGCCAAGCAGAUUGUGGCAGAGAUGCUAAGCUACCUGGAGAACGCCGACUACUCAAUCCGAGAGGAGAUGGUGCUCAAGGUGGCCAUCCUGGCAGAAAAAUAUGCCGUGGACUACACAUGGUACGUGGAUACCAUUCUCAACCUCAUCCGCAUCGCCGGCGACUAUGUCAGUGAAGAGGUGUGGUACCGUGUCAUCCAGAUUGUCAUAAACCAAGAUGAUGUCCAAGGCUAUGCAGCCAAGACCGUCUUUGAGGCACUGCAGGCUCCCGCCUGCCAUGAGAACCUGGUGAAGGUGGGGGGUUACAUCCUGGGAGAGUUUGGCAACCUAAUUGCUGGCGACUCGCGCUCCAGCCCUCUGGUCCAGUUCAACCUUCUCCACUCCAAGUUCCACCUGUGCUCUGUGCCAACUCGGGCACUGUUGCUGUCGGCGUACAUCAAGUUCAUCAACUUGUUUCCAGAAGUGAAAGCCACGAUUCAAGACGUCCUGCGCUCAGACAGCCAGCUGCGCAACGCUGACGUGGAACUUCAGCAGAGAGCUAUCGAGUACCUGAGGCUCAGCUGCAUCGCCAGCACUGACAUACUGGCCACCGUCUUAGAAGAGAUGCCUCCAUUCCCAGAGAGAGAGUCGUCAAUCCUGGCCAAGCUGAAGAAGAAGAAGGGCCCAGGCAACCUGCCCGACAUCGACGAUGCCCGCUGGAAUGUCAACGGCAGCACCGAGCACGGCGAGAACACAGAAAGCACAAACAAGGGUUCCAGCCACCCCUUCACAGACCUGCUGAAUCUGAACUCCACCCCUUCAGCAGGAGCCAGCCUGCUGGUUGAUGUCUUGUCUGACAUCUCCACCCCUGCACCCAUAAAUGUGUCUGAGGACAACUUUUCCAGGUUUGUUUGUAAGAACAACGGUGUUAUCUAUGAGGACCAGCUGUUGCAGAUUGGACUGAAGGCGGAGUACAGGCAGAACCUGGGUCGUAUUUAUGUGUUCUACGGCAACAAGACCUCUACCCAGUUCCUCAGCUUCUCCUCAUCAGUGACCAGCAGCGACACGCUCAAGACUCAGCUGAAUGUCCACGCUAAGGCAGUAGACCCCACAGUAGAUGGUGGAGCUCAGCUCCAGCAGGUCGUCAACAUUGAGUGUUUGUCAGAUUUCACAGAUGCACCGGUCCUCGACAUCCAGUUCAGAUAUGGUGGAACUCUACAGAAGAUUGCAGUGAAACUCCCUGUGAUGCUGAACAAGUUUUUUCAGCCUACAGAGAUGACAUCCCAAGACUUCUUCCAACGCUGGAAACAGCUCGGAGUUCCUCAGCAAGAGGUUCAAACAAUCUUCAAAGCCCAACACCCAAUGGACACAGAUGUGACCAAUGCCAAGGUAAAUAAAACCCUACUUCUUUAAGGGAAACUGCUUAGCUUUACAUUAACCAACUGUUUGUGUGAAAAUGCACGACUUAUUUUGACCUGUAUGCUGUUUAACCACUUGACAUUCACGUCCUACAAUUUGCAGUAGGUUUUGAACUCCGUGGGAAGUUGAAACGUGACACCCGGGCGGACACGCUAAUUUCCGGCCCCUUGUUUGGCACGAUGCUAUGGCGCACGUCGCCUCAGUCGGUUAUUCCCUGCUGCAUCCAUACACGGUAAAAAUAGUGGACGUAGCAUCGGUGAUGUCACCCGUUGGUUCGUGGACUGCCGUUUGGAAGGCUAGAGUUUGCAUUUUGGCCGUCGCCAUCUUGGUAUUUUGGAGCGAGAAGUGACCAUAUUUGGACAAAAGGGCGGAGCUGGAGAGGAUGACACGGCUAAGCAUUGUGUAUGGUUUUAAUGGCGCUGUGCUAAGAUAAACACUAAAGAGGGCAAGUCGCCCGUUUUCAGACCAAAAAGUCAUCCAGCAGAGUUUUACUGGUACUGUUGCUGUUCGUCAGAAUGUACGGCAGUACACAGAGCUGGUUGAAAAUCUGCAAACUUUCUCUUAAGUUACCAGCUAACGCUAGCUAGCUAGCUAGCUUGAUGGGGGCUGUUGAACGUCAAAAAGUAACGUUACCUGAAAACAGCGUGUACUUUCUCUUUAACGUCUCACAUCACACUUUCAGUCACUAUGACCACUAUUACGGUCAGAAACAUUGUGCCAAAAUAUGAACACUAACGUCGCUGUCAACGGGCUUAUUUGCUAAUCUUAGCUACCGACUGUUACCUUGAAACCAUCCAGCAAAUAGACGGUACCGUAGGGUGCCGUUACCUGAAACCGGUGAUUUAACAUCACUGCUCAUUUUACACACAUUUCAAAAGCAAAACAAAACGCUGAGUGAACAUUACUAGCUAUGUUUUCCGUGCAGCGGGGAGUCAGAGGCACCGUCACCGCAGCGUUUGCUAACGUUAGAUUCUUGUCUCAUCUGGGGUCUGAUAAACAGUAAAUUCAUCAAAUUCAGUGUCCACAAUAAUCUUUUCCAAUAAACUGUAGCUGUCAUAUUUCACGGGACCCACGCGAGUGCGGAUUUCAUGUCGCGGCUUUCGUUGCUGUUUGUCACUUUGCCUAAGACUGAGCGACAUGUGUACUUGCCCUGCUGUUUGGUUGCCAUGACUUGGCGAGUGAUGACGUCCUGACACUGUUCCAGUUGCUCACCCUAAAGGGGAGAGAGAGCGGAUGACAGUUCGCUUGAGUUCAGUAGAGCACACGGCGCUGCAGAGUUGUGUAAUUACGACUUCAUGACUUUUCAGAAACAGCUGAAGGAGCGGCGGUGCGCGGUGGACAUAGCGCAAACUCUGUUGCGCGUCUGCCCUAUUUCUGAUAGUGUGGCGGCAGACAUUUUGCUGUGGCGAGCCACCACGGCAAAAUCAACAUAGAGGAAACACUGGACUCUACGGAUGCAGCAGGGAGUUACAGACGGAGGUGACGCACGUUAUAGCAUCGUGCCAAAAAAAGGGGUCUGGACAGACAUGGGCGUAAACUGCAUCUUAACUUAGUCAUACAACAGCAAGGCGUUCAUUCUAUAUA